CAGACACGGGGUCCUGUCUGAAAAAAAAAGACGAGCAGAAAUCGCCGCAGGCUCUCGCUGCUUGCCUUCCGCUUCCCCUUCCCUCGUGACCCGUGAGCUCGCCGCUGGCAGCUGCCGAGGGAGAGGGGGCGGGAUGGGGUUCGUCGGCGACACGGUGGAGUCGAUCCGCUCCAUGCAGAUCCGCCAAGUGCUCAUGCAGAUCAUCAGCCUCGGUAUGAUUGUUACCUCAGCAUUGAUCAUAUGGAAGGGGUUGAUAGUUGUGACAGGAAGCGAGUCUCCAGUUGUAGUGGUUCUCUCUGGUAGCAUGGAGCCUGGAUUUAAAAGGGGUGAUAUCCUAUUUUUGCACAUGAGCAAAGAUCCUAUCCGCACAGGAGAAAUAGUUGUUUUCAAUGUUGACGGCCGUGAGAUUCCAAUUGUUCACCGUGUGAUUAAGGUCCAUGAACGUCAGGAUACUGCAGAAGUGGAAAUCCUCACCAAAGGUGACAAUAACUUUGGGGAUGACCGAUUAUUAUAUGCACAUGGGCAGCUUUGGCUCCAGCAACACCACAUUAUGGGGCGAGCUGUGGGCUAUCUUCCAUAUGUUGGCUGGGUUACAAUUAUCAUGACUGAGAAACCGUUUAUUAAGUACCUGCUAAUUGGCGCACUGGGCCUGCUGGUCAUAACAUCAAAAGAGUAAAGAAGUUAAAGCUUCCGCGCCUUAUAGAUUUUGCUCUUGGGGCGCAACAGCAUAGAGCAAUGGCUUGCCGAAUAGUGUUAAGAGAAGCUGUUGUGUUCCACCAUGUACCAAACGAGAAGAUAUCUUUGUCUGUUCCGCAGGCGCCUACCCUGUAAUUGGAUUGUCAGAUCUCAUGCAGGAUCCAUCUUUUGGUAGUUACAGAUUUAGUGAAUGAGCUGAAGCAGCUGUUGGUUGUUGCAUUUGAUAAAGUUAACUCUUCAUGACUUCAUUCCAGCAUAAUGCCUUGUACACCAAGAGAAAGGUAGUCUGAUGUGAAUACCAAGCUAAACCUGAAUUUCUAA